AUGAGUACAGAUUAUGAUCCUGAUAGAUAUCUACCAACAAUAGAUGCAAUCUUAAGUGUGGCUGACUUGGAACAAAUUACCGUAAAGAAGAUAAGAAAUGCAUUACAAGAAUUAUUCGGAAUAGAUUUCCAACCUCAUAAAAAAGAAAUAAAUGACCUUAUAUUAGGUAGAUACUAUGAAUUAUUAGAUAAACGAGAAGAAAAUGUCAAAAGAGCCAAAAAAGAAAAGGAGGAAAUGGAACGUAAAGAUGCUCUUUUGGCAGCCAAAUUGCUGCGGGAUGAAUUAAGUAGAGCCGGAGGAAGACAGGUAAGAACAAGAGAAACUAGGAAAUCACCCAAGCCGAGGGCUAAAAAAGAGCGUGCACCAGCUCCUAAUAAUCCAUUUAAUCGGGAAAUGGUAUUAUCUACAGAACUUCAAGAUGUAUUAGGAGUAGCCAAAUUAUCUAGACCACAAGUUGUUAAACAACUUUGGAUAUAUAUUAAAGAUCGUAAUUUACAAAAUCCAAGUGAUAAACGACAAAUUAAUUGUGAUGAAAAAUUACAAAGAUUAUUUAAGAAAAAAAUGGUUGGUGCAUUUGAGAUGAAUAAGAUAUUAAGUACUCAUAUUUAUAAACCUGAAGAAUUGAGUGCGGGCCUGACCCCAGUUGUAACGACAAAACAAGAAGCGGAUGACGAAAGUGAUGUAGAAGAAUUAAGUUCUGCAUAA